AGUGCCCUUCUUUUCUUUUCCCUCUGCUCUCUUUUUGCCUAUAAGUGAAAAAUAAGUGCUUGUUUGUUAGUUUUUAUUUUGUUUUGUUGGUGUUGAGUCAGUGCUUGUUUUCUCACGGCCAAUGGAUUUGGAAUUUACGUGUUAUCUUAUUUCUUUUUUUUGGUUCAUUUGCCAAAAUUCUCGUUCAAAGCACAGCACGCACUUUUAACAUUCCAAAAAGAAAAAGCAGGAAAAUAGAGUUUCCCCAAACAGAUCCCAAUCUCUCUCUUUCAAGCAAUGCCUCCAACACAUGCCACUAUUCCUCAUUAUUUAAAUUCAAAACCGUCCAAACAAACCUCGAAUGUAUUUAAAAUACGCUUUCAUUCCUGAGGGACAAAUAUAAAUAGACAUAUAAAGAGAGAGGGAAACGUACCUCAAAAGAAAAUGGCGACAUUGCAGAAGUUCAAGCUACUCGCUACACAAUGCGGCGUCGUUCAGAGUCCAACGCGAAGUCCGAGAACAAGUCCCCUAGUUCACCUCCGUCGCAAAAAAACCACUCUCCGAAUGCUCCUCACCCGUAGCAUCUCCAACUCCUCCGCCCGCCGCUCUCCUCCCCGGAAAGAUUCAUCGCCGAGAGUCCUUCCACCGCUUCCGCCGCCGGAGAAAAAAAGAGACACUUUAAAGGAUUUAUUCGUAUCGUCGCCGAUAACAUUUGACGACGAAGACGAAGAAGAAGAGAAUAAAAAAGGAAAGAUGAUUGGAGGAAAGUGUGAAGUGUUUAGAAUGAGAGUUAACGGUUUAGGAGUUGAACCGGCCGGUUCACCUAGGCCUGGAUGGAUUGGGUUUAGACAUAGGGCUUUGAUUAGGAGAGCUUGGAGGCCAAUGCUUGUUGCUAUCGUUGAAGAAGAGGAUGAGUCAAAUUUUGUUUGACCGAUUUGCCCCUCCUGUGUUAACUAGUAAAUAAUUUUUCCUUUAAUUUGAGUUGUAUGGUGGUUUUUUUU